GAGUUUUGUAAUUUCAACUUAAUUUUCUGAGUUACUGGCAUUUCAACUCGAGGAUGUGAGUCAGUUCAGUGAAACAUAAAUUUAAAUGUCUGAACAUAACUUGACAAUCUGAGUUUGAAAAAAGGUAACCGGAUCUUAUAAAAACUGAUCACCGCUGGCAAUAUUAAUGCGAGACCCAAAUAGUGCCGGAAAUUCGCUCUUUAUCUGAUAAGGGACUAAAUAUGAUAUAAGAUUUUGUCAGACUUUAUAAAGUUAUCCAUCCCAGUUAGAACUGCAUAUUAAAUGAAGAAGAGGAACACCACCUGACCACAUUAAGGACGUCGAAAGCGAAGUCGUGGAUGAAUACCAUUUUUCAAAGACCUCAGUACAAAAGGCGUUCAAAUUCUGCGGGACAUUUUUUGGAAAUACGAAGCGAGCUGGAGUCAUAGAAAUAAGGUCUAAGUUGUCUACAAUGCUGCUGCGUGUCAUAGUUUCAGAAAGUGAAAUCAGGCGUCUUUCAAUUGAAGACAUCCCCUCAAGUGUUGAGAAACUGUACCAGGUGUUACGAACCAACCUUGCCUUAAGAGGAGGAUUCAUUUUGCAGUUUGAGGAUCCUGAUUUCAAUAAUCAGUUGUGCAACCUAACGGACAUCAAAGACCUUCCUGUUGACCGUGCAACUUUGAAAGUAUUGUUCACAGCUGAUGACUCCACGGAUUCUACACUGGACACUGGAAGCCUCUCUUCUCCAAGUAGUGCAGAUUUUGUUAAAUGGCCUGACUCCUUCCCGAUUCCAAAGUUUUCCCAUGAUGUGGAGCUGCAACUGAAAGAAGCUAAUUGUAGAUAUGCUAAGGAUGGAUCUGUGAUGGUGAUUUCUAAAACUUUGAAGACUAAUAUCCUUGACACACUUGCAGACUGUAUGUCAAAGAUUACUGCUUAUCCUGACAGGCAACACUAUGAAAAUGUGGCCAAAACACUGGUGGAAAGGCAUCCCUGUCUGCGAGACCCAGGGUCAGAAAAGGGAUGGUACUCAUGGUUUCACAGUCUGAAAUUCAAAAUGGGAAACUACAGGCAUAAAUUAAGCUCAGCAGGAUGCCCUGAGGUGGUCAUAAACAAACGAAAAUCUGGAAGUUCAAAAGGGGAAACUGUCAAAAAGUCAAAGAAGGGGGAGGUGAACUACUGUCCUGAUCCACCUGAAGGACAGAGUCCUGAAAACAUGGAGGUGAAGCGCAAGAUAAUGGAGGCUGAAAUGCAGAAGAAAGACCCAAAUCAUCAGCUGAUUGAGGAUUUGAUGGUUUCUACAUUUUCUCAGCGUAGGAAAGACAUUGUAGGAGAUCAACCACACAUCACAGAGCUCAUGUCCCGAUGGCCUGCUCUGUUCCAUGAGAGACAGAUUAGGGCAGAAUUUACAAGAAUCGUCACCACAGACCUUCUGAAAUCUUUUGUUGACGGACUUGAUGGCCUGGUUCUGAGACUGCUGGAGGUCUACAAGGCAGCAACCAAAUCUGGGAAGAAGCAGCCACUCAAAGACAUUUUGGACUGCCUUGCAAAAGAUGACACGAAUGAAAGGAGAAGGGCUGCUGCUCUGCUUGGUUUGCCACGCUACAUAUCUGGGGAAGAUCCAUCAACUGUCAUCAGGAUGUGUGAUGCUCAUGCUGAUAUUCUGGAUGAUGCCAUGAAGGGGAUGCAGGUCGGUCUUCUGAUUGCCUGUGAAGGUAGUGAACAGGGGGCCAUCCCACACGAGGUCUUCGACGUGGCAGUUGUGGUGGAGGAGACUAUUGUGCUUCACAAUAUUAAAGAUGUGACAGUUGGCUUUGCUAUGAUUAUGGGUGUCAUCUACUGUAUCAAUCUCAAGUAUCCAAAUGACAUGAAGUAUUCGUUGGAGUUUCUUCAGAGAGUGGUGAUGAAGAUCAGUCCAGACCAGGCCUCAGCUCGAGUACAUGGUUUGAGAAACAAACUCCUGAGGUACAAACUGUAACAUCUGGUAUGUUUACAGUUUUGUUUUCUUAAAUAAGAGUUCCUGUAAGAAUUUGUUCAGUUUGUUCUAUGCACUAAAUGUUAAUACUAAUGGUUAUGCACUAAAACAUUUAGCAUUGUGCUGAAUCUGUGGAAAAACCUCUCAGGAUUUUUGUGAGUUUGUUAAAACACUGAUCAUUUUGCACUUUUUGGACAGUUUUUG